AUGACUCUUACAUGCCGGGUCUAUGUUGGAGUAGAGAUUGUCAUUCUUGUCUUCGGCCUCUUCACUUAUGCAACAGCUCUGGGCCUCGCGCCGCCCGCCGCCCGAGGUCUCCUCACGCCUCCCGCGUCCCCGCUGGAGCUGCUCGAAGCCAAGCCCAAGCGCGGCCGCCGCUCCUGGCCGCGCAAGCGCACCGCCACGCACACCUGCAGCUACGCGGGCUGCGGCAAGACCUACACCAAGAGCUCACACCUCAAGGCGCACUUGCGCACGCACACAGGCGAGAAGCCCUACCACUGCAACUGGGACGGCUGCGGCUGGAAGUUCGCGCGCUCCGACGAACUCACGCGCCACUAUCGCAAGCACACGGGCCACCGGCCCUUCCAGUGCCACCUGUGCGACCGUGCCUUCUCGCGCUCCGACCACCUGGCCCUGCACAUGAAGCGGCACAUGUAGCCCGGACGCCCCCCGCCCACCCGCGCGCGGCCGUGGCGGGUCCCACGCGCCGGGCGCGGCCCCCUCCCAAACUGUGACUGGUAUUUAUUGGGCCCAGAGGACCGGGCUGGGCACAGCGUGGCCAUUGCGGGGGCUCCCCCCCCCCACGACGCCGCCGCCGCCCCGGCCCCCAUCAGAGACUGAAGGCCCCGGUGGGAGAAGACCACGAUCCUCCUUGACGAGUUUUGUUUUCAAAAUGGUGCAAUAAUUGUCGUCUUCCCCCGCAACCGGGUCUACACUAGAGGAUCGAGGCUUGAUGCCUUGUGAGAAAUGCAGCCUUAAUUUGUACUGUCUUCGACAUUUUUUAUAAUAUUGUACAUAGUGACUGUGACAGAUAUUGUAUUACUGUAAAUAGGAAGACAGGUGGGCAUUUUGGCUCCCUGGUUCAUUUUUAUAAGACUUUUGUUGGUUGUUUGUUUUUUAAUUAAAAAAAAAAGUUUUGCAUCUUUUGAAAAA